UUGUGCCCCUGCACAUCCUGUGAGCUCAUCCUGAAGCUUCCUGCUGCCAUGGAGACCAGAGCCCUCUGUCUAAUGCUGCUGGUCCUGCUAGCUGGCUCCUCUGGGGUAGCUGCGGAGUACAUUGGCCUGUCUCCAAGUCAGUGUAUGGUCCCGGCCAACGUCAGGGUGGACUGCGGCUACCCCAGCGUCACCAAAGAGGAGUGCAACAACCGUGGCUGCUGCUUUGACUCCAGCAUCCGGAAUGUGCCCUGGUGCUUCAAGCCCCUGCAGGAGGCAGAAUGCACAUUUUGAAGCCAGCCAGGCUCUGGGAAGCGGCCUCUGCACCCCGCACACUGGCUGCCGGUGGUGGUUGAGGGCAGCGCUCAUCCCUGCUCUGCUCUCUCUGCUGCCCACAUAGGAGCCCGGAGUCCUGACGAAUAAAGACCCCACACUCAGCACAAGGCUGCUCUGAUGGCUGA